AUGGCAACGAGCCGCGCCAAGACGAUCGGGACCAGCGCCCAUGCGACGGUCGACGCGCUUCUCGACGCGUUCCAUGAGGCCGCCAAGGUCGGCGACCUCAAGGGCUACUUUGGCUGCUACCACAAGGACGGCCGCUUCCUCGGUACGGAUGCGUCCGAGAACUGGCACGUCAACGACUUUUACGACUUUGCCAAGCCCCACUUUGCGCAGGGCAGUGGCUGGGAAUACCGGCCGAUCGCGGGCAGCCGCAAAAUCACGUACCAGCCAUCGGCCGACGUGCCGACCUUUUGCGUCUUUGACGAGCUUCUCGUGAGCGCCGACUUCCUCGCGACGUCGCGCGGCUCGGGCACGCUCGUCUUUGCCAACGGCGCCUGGCUCGUCCUGCAGUACCACCUCACGUUCCCAAUCCCGAACGACUUGGCCAAGGACAUGACGGCCAAGAUUGCGACCUUUGAGCUGCGGGCGAAAGACGUCGCCGCCGCCGACGCCGCCGCCAAGCUCCUCGAAGAGUGGGCGAUCGAGGACGACGCCAAGGCCCCAACCAAGUCGUUCAAGAAGCGCAGCGGUAACAAGAAAAAGUAA